AUGUCUCAGACUAAGUCCACCUCCAGCCAGGGCACUGAUGCCAAGGAUAAGGGAGCCCCUGCCGCUCCUGCAUCUAGCAAGGCCACAAAGACUGGAGACACUGCAAUGGGCAAUUACAGAAUGAUGCUGUUUGACCAGGAGAAUUUCCAGGGGAGAAUGAUGGAGAUGUACAAUGAGUGCAUGAACAUUUGUGACCAUGGAUUUGAUAGAGUACGCAGUAUCAUUGUCGAGUGUGGCCCCUUUGUUGGCUUUGAGCAGACUAACUUCCGUGGGGAAAUGUUUAUCCUGGAGAAGGGUGAGUAUCCUCGCUGGGAUACCUGGUCCAACAGCUACCGCAGUGACUGUAUCAUGUCAUUCAGGCCCAUACGCAUGGACCCUAUGGAGCACAAGAUCUGCUUGUAUGAGAUGACUGAUUUCCAGGGCAACAAGAUGGAGAUCCAUGAGGAUGAUGUCCCCACUCUGUGGGCACAUGGCUUCUGUGACAGAGUGGGCAGCGUGAGAGUUCCCGGUGGGGCUUGGGUUGGAUACCAAUACCCAGGCUACAGAGGCUACCAGUACCUAUUUGAGUGUGGAGACUACAGACACUAUAAUGAGUUUUGUGCCUUCCAACCUCAGAUUCAGUCUAUUCGGCGUGUGAGGGACAUGCAGUUUCACCAGCGUGGUAGCUUCACCCUGACCGCUGCUAAACAAUGAAACAGGGCUUCUGUGAAGUAAAGCCCUCUUAUGGUGCUUUUUAUCCCCUAUUCCUGUCCUUGCUCUAAUUCUCACUUGAGAUUGAUAUAAAUUGUACCACAUAUCUGAAUGACUUCUUA